AUGGCAGCGGAGAAGGAAGACUUUGCCGGCGUCCACAUGGACGAGGAUGUUGAAGCAACCAAGGAGCAUUUGUCUGAUAUCCGCGAUGGAUCAUCACUGGGACACAUCGACGCUGCUCGAUCCAGGGCCUUGGUGCGGAAGCAAGACUUGAGGAUCAUUCCAAUCACGGCAGGAAUCUAUCUUCUGUGCUAUCUUGACAGAUCAAACAUUGGAAAUGCAAAGGUCUUGAACGCGUCAACAGGCAAUGACCUCUUGACCGAAACGCACAUGACUAACUACCAGUACACAAUCGCACUCAUGGUUUUUCUUAUUGCGUAUGCGAUUUUUGAAGUUCCGUCCAACUAUUUCCUCAAGAAGCUGAAGCCGAGCCGCUGGAUUGCCUUCCUCAUGUUUUCGUGGGGAACCAUCACGAUGUGCAUUGCUGCGACACAGAACCACGCGUCAGUAACGGCAGUGCGAUUCCUCCUGGGAGUUGUUGAAGCAGGGUUAUUCCCCGGCCUGGUCUACUACUUGACGUUCUGGUACCGCGUAGAUGAACGAUCGAUUCGAGUUGCUGCUAUCCUGGCAUCCGCUACUCUGGCUGGCGCCUUUGGUGGCGCGAUUGCCUUUGGUGUCGGUCAUAUGAACCAAGUGAGCGGCAUCUCUGCUUGGCGCUGGCUCUUCAUCAUCGAGGGGGCCCCUUCUGUAGCUUCUUCCCUUUUGGUCUGGUUCUUCCUCCCGGAUUACCCCGAGACGGUUUCAUGGCUAUCGACCGAAGAGAAGGACUUUGCGGCUUUGCGACUCUCUGAUCAGGGUUCUCAUGGGUCCGGCAAACCUCUAACGUGGGAGGAAGCCAAGUCUACACUCUUUGAAUGGAGACUCUGGGCCCAUUACUUUAUUUACUUUGGCAUUUCUACUCCAUUCUCGAGUUUGUCACUCUUCACGCCGUCCAUUGUUGCUGGAUUAGGAUUUACGGAUCUCAAGGCCCAGCUCAUGACUGUGCCUCCCUACGCGGCAGCUUAUGUUGUGACCUUGCUCGCUUCAUGGUCUGGUGACCACUUCAACAAGCGCGCCUUGCACUCGGCUGGAUUUUCUCUUCUUGGAGCUGUAGGCUUCAUUGCAUCAGCUACACUUCCAGCUGAUCACUAUGCAUCUCGCUAUGGCUGCCUCAUUAUCGCAACUUGCGGUUCAUUUGCCUGCAUUCCCCCAUUGCUGGGUUGGCUCUCCUCGAAUUUGUAUUCGACUGCUGCAAUUGGUCUGGCUAUUGCGCUCAACAUUUCCAUGGGAGCACCGGGUCAGAUCGUCGGUGUGUGGAUCUACAAAGCAGACGAGGCGAAGAAAGGGUAUCCCACCGGACACUGGACCAAUGCAGGCUUGCUCCUCUUUGUGUCGGCUUCUUGUGUCGGCAUGCACUGCUACUAUGUGUGGCGCAACCGGAACGGUGGAGCAGGAAAUGGCGUCUUCUUCAAGUACUAA